AUGCAUCCAUCUGUUCGUCUACUCUCGACCGCACGUACUCCGCUAAUCAGGUUCCUCGGAAAGCGUGUAUGGCCUUCUAGACCUGAAGCCCCUCAUGCGCACCCUUACGGUCCACCCGAGCUCCCGGCGAGUUUCCGGAAACCGUCCCAGUCAGCAGUAGCACAGACAUCUUCGACAAAGACCCUGACGACUGGCGGCGCUUUUACCAACUUUUGGGAGGCACCCGAAAGAUUUUGGAAGCAUGACUUGAACGACGCUGAAAUGGCUGCCAUUGAGAGUGGAGGUGCAUCGUUGUGGUGAUGCAAAAUAAUUACAAUCAUCGUCGUCAAGUCUUCCGUAGACAUUUAAUCCUUCUCUGCAUACGCAAGUAGAUGUUGUUCUAUCUCUGUCUCCCCCAUUACGCGCCAUUGGCCUCUUGUCUUCACAUCCUCCUCCGGUGCAUCCGACACAAUACCAAUCUCAAUUUCCCCUGGCUUGUAAUCUGUCGCGUGAACGGUAGACAUAACCUCAAUGGCCAUCU